AUCUUCAACUUCCGGCAAACGUCGUCCAACGUGCGUGCCCUGAAAUUGUGCCGGUUCCUAGUCGUUUUACCGAUUUGUACAAACAAAACCGCUGCAUUCACAUUCAAGACUAGGCUGUACAUGAGAAAGAAUGGACAUUCGGCCAAAUCAAACCAUUUACAUCAACAAUCUGAAUGAGAAAAUCAAGAAAGAUGACCUCAAGAAAUCCCUCUAUGCCAUUUUCUCCCAGUUUGGACAGAUUCUGGACAUCGUAGCCAUGAAGACACUGAAGAUGCGAGGACAAGCGUUUGUUAUAUUUAAGGAUAUAAGCAGUGCGACAAAUGCUAUACGAUCAAUGCAGGGAUUCCCUUUCUAUGACAAACCAAUGAGAAUACAAUACUCCAAGAAAGACUCUGACAUCAUCGCUAAAAUAAAGGGCACAUUUGUUGAGCGACCAAAGAGAAAGAAGGAAGAAGAAGGUGAAGUAGCAAAGAAAACAAAGAAAAAGAGUGCUGCACAAAAACAAGCAGCUGCUCCAGCUUUGCCUCAGGUACAACCUGUCCAACAGAUGGCUCCACAAGUCCAGCCUGCCGCCGCUGCCCCACCAACAACUGCUGCCCCAACGUCAACGGCUAUACCAGAACAACCACCCAACCAGAUCCUGUUCUUGACCAACCUGCCAGAGGAAACCAACGAAAUGAUGUUGUCCAUGUUGUUCAACCAAUUUCCAGGAUUCAAGGAAGUGCGUUUAGUGCCAGGUCGACAUGACAUUGCAUUUGUUGAAUUUGAAAAUGAGGUUCAAUCUGCUGCGGCCAAGGAUGCUCUACAGGGCUUCAAGAUCACACCCAGCAACGCAAUGAAGAUUUCGUUUGCAAAGAAAUAGAAAAAGAAAAAGGACAAAUUGGUGCAAACAAUUGUGUGUUAAUGGUGUGUGCAUGAAUGUGUUAGACAGCGACGUGUGAAUGCAGUGUUAGAAAAUGAAAUUAAGAAUUCUGUUUAUGGACGAAUCUAGUUUAAUAGCUUCUCAAAUCAGGGAUGUCUUCAUUUGAAAACAAAAUUUUCAACUCGAACAUAACUUGUUUUAAAACUACUACAUUUGUGUCUUUGAAUAUUUGCAGAUCAAAUCUGCUUACUUCUACUUCAGACAGAUUUGUUUUUCAGUAUCAGGAUAAUAUUUGUGCACUCUGCUUUACCCAGUACGGCUAUUAAAAGGUAUAAUUCCUCCAACUGAAAUGCAAUUGUUUUGAGAACAAAAAGUGAAUCAAAUAGAAAUUUUAUGAUACAUAUUUUGGUUUGAAUUAUGAAUUUUUAAAUGUCUUCCAUUGCAUUACAACAGAUAUAAUCAGCAAUCAUCUUUUUUAUACAUAUUUCAGAUAUCAUUGUCCGUUUAUUUCAUUUAUUCUCUUCAAUCCAGCAUUGCAUUUUAGCUGGUUGUUUCCAUUUUUGAUUUUGGAUACAAUUUGUUUUUGUACAGUGAAACCUGUUUGUUUUGGACAUGCCUAGUAAUAAUCAUGUUUUAAUACAUGACUUUGUGAAAAUCUUUGUACAGUUGUAGUACUAGGGCCAUAGAACAGAGGAUGUGAAACACUAUUUCGUUAGUUAGCUGGCAAGUACCCUAUUCUGAUGUCUCCUCCUCCUCUCAGAAGAGCUAUUGUCAUCUAGAUGUCGCGGCUAAACAGGUAUCACUGUCAUUAUACAGCAUUGCACACAGGCUGUUUCCUUGUUGACCUCCGGCAUUGCACCAGGCCGGUACUGUUGUUGUAUUUGAUGGCCGUGUUGUGCUGGACAUUACCAGGUAUCCCUAGCCUUGCACCCUAGUCGGGGGUGUCUAGUAAUGUACAGACGACAUUGGGUCACAAGACUACUAAUAAAUGUGAAACAAAAACAU